AUGCUGCGGAGCUCUGCCAGGUUAGAAGCUCUUCUACCUGUACCCAGUUGCGCAGGCGCCGGUGCUCCACCGCUACUGCAGGGAUUCAGCAAGCCUGGAUUGGCUUCCUCACCUUUCGGGCCUUCGCGUUUGGGUGUUUUGCUGGCGGCGCUGGCUGCUGCAAAGCCUGGAGCUUCAGUGACGUCACGGUCGCUCUGCCAAUGUGGAGCUAUACUUCCAGUCUCUGCUUUUGCCAAGAUGGACUUAGCCUCGACACCCAGACGCUUUGCACGGCCGGAGUUUCCUACACUUCCUUGUGGCUGCUCUCGACCUCCCACAACGAGUGUGAUGGGUCAUGUUCAGCUUGACUCCACUCCCUUCUUGCACAGCAUGUUCUGCAUGGACUUUCCACCUCCUGUGCUGGAUUUUUUGCACCUUGGCACGGUGCUGCUUUCGCGAAGCUUUACAAAGAUGGGUUCGCCGCUCAUUGUGUUCGGACAGGGCCGCCCUGGGAGCUCAGCCUCCGCCUUCGACGCCGUCGCUCCAGGCGCAACGCUUGCAAUCCGCGGCGCGCUGAAACAGACGAGCCUCGAUGUAGCCGGCUCCGGCGUCCUCGGGGGCUACUUCCCUGUCGCAG